AUGAAAGAAAAGGAAGUUGGUAUGCUCUACAUAUUAUUAGACAAAAUGCAUGCACAGUUCAUACCAUACGUUGUGGAAAAUGUAAAAUUGCGAGUAAUUUUAGCAAAAUAUACAUAAUAUAUAAUAGUUAAAAAUAAUAUGGUUAGGAAAAUAAUAUGUUUUUAAUGUAUUUUAAAGAGGCACCUUGAAACAAAACUUUCAAAUGAAAUAAAAAGAAGACGAGAUAUUCCACAGUAAAAUAAAAUUUGAAUAUAAUAUAAUGUUUACAUAUCCCUUUAAUAAUUAAAAGUAAUUUUAAUGUUUAGACAAGACAUGUUAAAACAAGAAAAUGAAGAUUUAAAAGAAAAAUUGAUGGCGAUAUUCAAACUCAACCGCGAACAGUUGGUGGAUUUUGAAAAAACAGUUAACGGAAUGAGAAAAGAGUUCUCGCACAAAGCGUGGGCCAAAUAG